AUCUUUCCGUCUGACUGUGUUUGAGCCGCCAUUUUGAGCCGCCAUUAUGUGGCUUUCUGUAAAAUUGGUGGUAUCGUGGUAAAUUACGUGCGGUCAUCAAUUAGUUACAGCAGCAAUUUGCAGGCUAACCUAUCCGUGGUGUUUGAUUCGGUGUGGCAGCCGUCAAAUAUUUUUCCAUCGUCGUACGAGCGUUGUGUGAUCGGCAGUGUACAUCUAGCUCUACGCUUCCUGCUCAACGAAAUUGCGCGCGCUGGCGCACGAACACACACGCACACCUAACCAUUCGUCCCCGUGUCAUUUCGUUGUUUGCUCCCGUUUUUUUUCGGUAGGGAUUCACUCUUCCUUCGGCUGUCAGUGGUGUAGUACUUCUGGGUGCGGUGUGUGUGUGUGUGUGCGCGCGCGUUGUGUUUGUCAGGAGUGGAAGAGAAGCUGGGCCCGGGGUUAGAGGAACGGAGCGAAAGCUAGAAAGAGCAAGGAAACGCGCAAACGUGGUCGAAAGCAACAUAACGUAGGGCAAGACGAAGGGUUUGGGCGCGCAUUCAUGAGAAGCAGAAGACGAAAAAAGAAUCAAAUCGAACCCAGCAGCAUUGAGCGCGGAUCGGUUCUAGGUGUGUGUGUGUGUGCCUGGCUUAAAGGGAAGACGCCGCGCGAGUAUCGGAAGCAUCAGCAAAAAGCGUGCGAAAAGGAAUAAGCAAACACACAGCCAUCAGUCAAGCGCGCGCCCUACGUGCGAGAACGAGAGCGAUCGAGACGAAGCAUCCUAGAACGGGGUGGAAUCGAGAAAUCGGGGGUACACACGAAAUCUUGAAGCCGGACGGGUUUGGUUGAAUGGUAAAAGACCAGCUCUGCAUGUCGAAAGGGUUGUGCAGAGCAAGAGCGAGAUGAGCAAAACCCACCCAAAUGAGUAAAUAGGAAAGUAGGAAUAAAAAGCAAAAGCACGAAAAAUAACAACUCAUCUCGGCACGGGCAGUAGAUACAGAUAUACAGCGAGCAGCGAACGGGGUGGAAAGGUGGCGAAACUAGAAGCAGAACGAACGGAUGGUGUAGCAACCGGGUGGCGGCAUCCCCAGCGAACUGCACGAAAGUCGCACAACAAAACGGCGCAGGGAAGGAAAACCCGCCCCACCACCACCACCACCUUCAUUGUCCCAAGGGCUGCAGAAACACGCUGUCAAGAUGUCGAAGCUUUCGUUUCGGGCAAGGGCCCUCGAUCCGUCGAAACCCAUGCCGAUCUAUCUGGCGGAGGAGCUGCCGGAUCUUCCCGAGUAUUCCGCGAUCAAUCGCGCAGUGCCCCAGAUGCCGAGCGGCAUGGAGAAGGAAGAAGAAUCGGAGCACCAUCUGCAGCGGGCAAUAUGCACCGGGCUCAUCAUUCCUACGCCGGAAGUGUACGAUUCGACAGAUUCCGAGUUUUACGACAAAUACUACCCGCCCGACUACAAACUGCCCAAGCAGCUGAUCCACAUGCAGCCACUCAACCUCGAGCAGGACAUACCGGAUUACGAUAUGGACAGUGCGGACGAGGUAUGGGUUACGUCACAUGAGAAGAAGCUCGAUCUUGAUCCGCUCAAGUUUGAAAUCAUGAUGGAUCGGUUGGAGAAAAGUUCCGGUCAGACGGUGGUCACACUAAACGAAGCCAAAGCCCUAUUGAAGCAGGACGACGAAGUGAGCAUAGCCGUGUACGAUUACUGGCUAAAUAAGCGGUUGAAAAUGCAACAUCCCCUGAUUCUGUACGUAAAGACGGAAAAUCGAGGCAACAUGACACCGAACAAUCCGUACCUUGCGUUCCGGCGGCGCACCGAAAAGAUGCAAACGAGGAAAAACCGCAAGAACGAUGAAUCAUCGUAUGAGAAGAUGCUUAAGCUAAGGCGGGAUCUCUCGCGUGCAGUGACGCUGCUGGACAUGAUAAAGCGACGGGAAAAGCUAAAACGGGAGCAGUUGCACCUGAGCAUCGAAAUCUACGAGAAGCGCUAUCAAGCGCAGGAUUUCCAUGGUCAUCUCCUGUCCGAGUUUACGUCCAACGCGACUCGUGUCACGAGACCUGCGUUUGCGCCCCUCUACACCAACCAGUACGCACCGUUGGCUGGUGGGCAGGGUGUCAAUGCGGUGGGCGCUGGUGCCGGUACGUAUCUGAACAGUGGAGGCUCUUCGUCCCAGUACGAAGGUCACGGCACCGGUGGCAGCAGUGGCACCAACAAGCGUGAUAAUGAGAGUCUCAGCAGUCGGAAAGAAAAGCGUCAGUAUAAAAAGCGGAAGCUAAAAAUGCAGAAAGACCGUGGCUUAUCGAGCGGCGGUGCUGGAAGUGUUGGAACGGCUGGCGGUCGUGGAGAUGUGGCAGGUGGCACGAAUAGUGCGGGUAGCUCCUCGAUGCAUCAUCAUCACCAACAACACUACCACGGAUCGAUGCUAGGAGGUAUUGGUGGACGUGGUGUAGAUGGCACUGUAUCGGGCGGACAUGACACAGACCAUCAUCAUCAUCAUCAUCUGCAUGGGUCGGGUGAUCAUGUAGUUUCGUCCGACGAUGAAGAACUGUCGAAUCUGCAAGGUUCCUCAGCAGAAGAAGAGUACGCUUAUGCAUUCCGAAGGAGUAAACACAGUCAAUAUCACAGGCCCCGUGCGGAUGGCUACGGUAAUUGGCCGUGGACCUCCCGGGAGGAAAAUGGUUCGGCGGAUCCACGAUAUCGUUUUACCCUUACUUCUUUGCGGUAUCCAAGACCCCGAUGUAUUGGUUUUGCGCGUAGACGUUUGGGUCGCGGUGGGCGUGUCAUCAUUGACCGGAUAGCGACCGAUUUCGAUGAUUUGUGGUCACGGUUAGACUACACGAUCGUCGAGAGUGAAACGAUCGCAUCGCUUAACGCUACCGAGCCAACUAAAUCCCGUGAUGAACCGAAGGCGGACGAGAACGAUGAACCGAUUGUGGUCCCAACACGUAGACGCCAAAUCGAGCGUACGGUUAGCGUGAGCAGCAACUGCAGUAAUACUAGCAGCACGGCUGGUGUGGUUGUAUCGCUAAAGCCACCUCGGUUACCUGCACUCUUCAACCAUCAGCAUCAGAACCAACCAUUAGUCAACGGUUCGAAUGAGCUGCCGUCGGUUGCGAACGGUAACAACACACCGCGAACGACCGUAGCACGAAGAAAGUUAAUACUGAAGCAGGAACAACCGCCCGUACCGAGUGACUACGAAUCGGAUGGUGGCGAGAUCCAGUUUUUGGCCAGCAUUGGGCUAAUGAAUAAGGCUGAAAAGGAAUCGGAUACGACAUUUGCCAAUACCAAGCGCCGGCUUCGGUUUGACAGUGAGGAAAGGGAUGACAAUCGUCCCGCGGUGGAAGGGGACAGUGAAGUGUCCAAGGAUGUUGGUGCGGUGUUGGGCGACGGAAGGACAUUGCGAGAUGUUCAAAACUCAGAUUCAAUUGUGAUAAAAAGUGAAGACAGCACUGAGCUGGUGGUGUCGACGGGUACGGACGGUUCGACGGUGGUAAAGCAAGAACCGGAAGCGAUGGACGAUUACCAGAAGGCUGUCGGUGGUACCGGUGUACCGAUGGAAGAGGAUUUCGAACAGUUGAUAGACAGUGUAAAUAGUCACAAUCACGUGCGAAACCGAUGUAACGUAACGGGGGUGGGUGCCGGCAAUAGUAUUAGUUCUACGUCGAACGAUGGUGGUGUGGUUACGGUGGGUGAGCAACGGAGCCCGUCAACCCAGCAAAAGCACGGUUGGUCCAGGAAGCGCCUGGGACCGGAAGGUUCCCCUUCGCGGCUGCACGAUGCAACACGGGAAGAUAUCAAUGCGGUAUACAAGGAUCUACUGAACGACAUUCAAUCGAACUGGUUACACUUCCGACCGAAAACACCGGAACCGAGCCAGGACGAUCUGCUAACGCUAGAUGGCGAUCUGGAGCACUGCUUCGGUUUGACCGAUCGGAAGCGUAUCACGCUGGAACUGCAGGCAUUGGACGAACAGCUGCCGGCGACGAUAUUUGCCCCGAGCAAGGGAACAACGAUAUCGUCCCAGUUCCGUACGACGGCGUACGAUCUGGACAAUCUUAUCGAACCGCAUCCCUUAUCGCUCGACGAUGCAGAUAGCGCUGUAAGUGGAACGACGAAAGGAGUGCCGACUGCACCAUCGUCAUCGACAUCGGCCAUUGAAGUGAAGCUGGAAACGUCCGGUUCGUCUAGCGCGGAGAAUAAUCUAAGCGUACCGUCAGAGCUGAACCUAAGCCUGAACGAAUCGAGCGAGGAUAAUGAGAAGAUGCUGGAUAAUAUUCUGCAAGAGUGUGCGAUAGAUGAUCCGAAACAGUUGCAUCAAACGAGCAACUUUUGGAACGGCAUCCUGGACGAUGGUAUGCUGAACAAUCUUGAGGCUGGUGGUAGCACGCAGGAGGACGAACCGAUGGUGGAGGAACACGAGUCGGGCGAGUCGAAUCUGUUCGCUUCCAGCACGGGCAAGAUUGGGUACCACUCGGAGCUGGUCGGGUAUGGACGACCAGCGGGAGCAACCGAUCGCCGUACGAGCAAAAGCAAACGGCGUAAGAUGCUGAAGCGUUGUAGCUAUCUGGUGGGCAGCAGCUACUUCUCGGUGAAAAGUUUACCCAAAGAAGAAAUCUUUCAACCAUUGCUCGACGCCAACGGGCAGCCAAUAUUUCUUAGCGAUGGUGAUGCUGAUGGUACGAACGAUGGCGUGACGGAGCAAGCGGAACUUCGCGAUGCUGACGAUGCGAUGCACAGUGACUUACAGCCCACUGCCGUUGGGGUGGAAGCGAUGGAGAUUAAAAUGGAAGAGGAAGCGACACUGGCGGCGUCGGCCAACGAGCUGACGGAGACGGUUUCAUCCGUUCCGAUAACGUUGGCCGGAGGAGAGCAAGUGAUCAAGAUUGAACCACCGGACGAGCUCGUACCACCAUCGACAGAUGGAGUUGGCUGUGAUGCGACGCUGUUGGGAAGCACACCAACCACGGUUCAAUUUCUACCUCACAACAGUACCAUGGCGGCACCGGCCGCAACCACCAUCAAGCUGGAACCGUUCAAUCACAUUAGCCAAAUAACGGCCCGAAGUUCGACACCGGACGGUGCGCGCGUCGUUCCGACCGGUUCGACGACACUGAUACCGGCCACGAUCGUCGUUUCGCAACCGUCAGCGACGGGCAGCUCGUCAAUGUUUUCCGCCACCUCCGGGACGGUUCCGGCCGUGGUAUCGGUAGCACUUCAGCAGGGUCAACUCCAUCAGCUCGUACACACAUCGUCCGCACCAUCGAUGGGUGCCGGUACGACAAUGUUGGUAAUGCAAUCGAUACCAGCGAACAGCGGCAACUCGCUACAAUCGUCCCCGUCCGUAUCGUCGGUCGCUGGUACACCGACCUCAUUCCUGCUGACCACCACCGGUAACGCAAUCAGUGGCAGUAACGCCAUGGGCACUGUGUCAUCGAUCGCUGGCUCGAUUCUAGUGCAAUCGUCCGCCUCGUCCUCACUGUCGAACGCUGUCCAAUCGUCUUCGUCGUCGUCCGGUUCGCUGCUGUCGGGUUCGACGCCCAUCGUCGUUACGGUACCACCGGCCAGCAGUAGCGGCAUAUCGGUCAGCGGUGGCACCCAGCCGAUGAGCGUCGUAAUGCCAACGAGCGGCACCAACACGGUCGUAUCGAUUGCGAGCCCAAUCGUGGUAUCUUCAGCAUCGGCAGCAACGCUAGCCCAAUCGAUCGUGCACGCCCAAUCGUCACAGUCGUCGGUUAUCGGUAACAGUACGGUCGCUGGCAGUAAUAGUGCCACGUCCAGCGCAAACACACCGACCGCACUGAACAGUUACAUUGUGCAGCACAAUUCGACACCGAUCAUGCUUUCCCAUCAGCAGAUGCAGCAGCUAGCGAACAGUGGCGGUGGCAAUAUCGUCACCGUCGGUGGACAGCAAGUUGUCACGACUAAGCAGCAUCACGGCGAAACGUACGUGCUCACGCAAACACCGCUUAAGAAGCAAAUCAAUGGACCGUCCGAUGGUAGCAAAAAUGCCACCACUGCUGCCGUGAACGCGCAAAACAUCAACAACCAAAAGUUCCACGCACUGUUGAGCCAAAAGCUUGGUAGCAAAUCUUCCGACCUGAACAAAAAACAGCUAGAAAUGAUACGGAAAGCUUUGGGUUCGUCACAAAAGAUGAUCGUCAAGUCGACUAACCAUACGCAGCAACUGCACGGUGCCACCGCCGGUGGUAGCGCUGGUAUUGCUGGACAUCAUCAACAAUCAGCCGCACAGCAACAGCAGCAGCAGUAUAACGUCAUUCACCAGAACUCGCUAAACACACCGAUCACGAUCGUUUCCGCCCAAAGCCCGGGUCAGCCCACGCAGAACAAGAUCAUUCUAACCUCGUCGCCACACCUUCUGCAACAGGCAGCCGGUGUUGGUGGUGCUACCGCCGGCCAACUGAUAGCCGCCGGGCAUGGUAAGAUACAGCUCGCAACAGUUCAGCAAAGUCAGCAACAGCAACAGGCGGCCGGUACGGCCCGCGGCCAAAUUGUGACGCUGGAUCCAUCCGGUCAGCAAGGCGCUAGUACGGUGGGCGGUGUGCAACAGCAGCUAAAGCUCGAGAAGAACAGCAUACUGUACAACAUCAAGAAUAGCCGCGGCCAGUUUCUGCAUCUGAACCCGAAGGUGGUCAACAUCAUACAGCCGGUGCAGCAGCAAAAGAUUGUAAACAGUUUAACGAUUCAGCAGCAACAGCAGCAGCAACAGCAACAGCAGCAACAGCUCCUGCACAAUCAGGCCGGUCACGGUGGGACGACUACGACGAUACUAAGCAAAGGCCAAACGGUUCAACGUAUCCCGACGGUUAGCAUUCGUACGCAGCAACAAGCGCAACAGCAGCAGCAACAGCAGCAGCAGCAGACAAACCUCGUCGAUAUGGUCGUGGUGAACAAUGCAAGUAAUAUAAAGUUUAUACAGGCCGCAGCUUCGGCAGCGGCCGCUGCUGCUGCUGCAGGUGGUGGUAGCGUGGUGAACAAUACCGCCGGCGGAACGUUGACAGCAGGUCGGGUAAACUCCGUCACAACGUCAGUCGGUACGGCCACGCUGAACGCUUCCUCGGACGGUGGUACAAGCAGUAGCGGUAGCAGCAAUUGCGUACAGGUGGCCGCUACAUCGGCUGCCAAUGUGAACAGCACCGGAACGGCAUUAACGAACAGCAGCAACGCAGGUGGCGUAACGGUCGCGUCGGUUGCGUCUCCGGUGGCGACGGUAACCGCUGGAACGGUGGUCGGCGGUAGCACAACGGUGGUUGGCAAUACCGGUAUUGCGACCAACAGCAGCAAUGGUGGUGGUAACAGUACCGGCAGUGCCAGCGGUAGCACUAAUCCUUCAGCCAGUAUAAACAUUACCAAUAGGUGAGAGUCGAAGAUCCAGCUCAGUAGGUAACUGUUACUGUAUUUUAACUUAUUGCUAAUUAAUGUUAACGUGUAGGCCAAGGUAGGGAACAUAAGCGAGUAUAGGGAAAACUAGCGAAGCGCGCUUUCGACGUACGGAGGCAGACGACAGUUUUAUCGAUGAAAGGCAGAAGCGAACUGCACGCCUGAAACGAACCUGAAAGGCACUUAUAAGGGAAAAGCGGGCACGAAAAGGCAAGGGAAAAGAAAAACCAUGUUUUUUCUCUGCUUUCUUUCGGUGUGCAAGGAGUCCACGUAAGUGUGUCCACACAUCGGUCAACCUGUGUAGAUUUGUUUCCAGCUGGUAUAAGAAAAUGUUUCAAGAUGCACAAUCGUAUGACGAUUUCAUUCUUUUGCUUUCAUUAAACUUAUCUGUUGUGCUGGUUUUUCUAUAUGUUGCGUAUGGUUUUGCACUUUUGGUUUAGUGAGGCGCUGUUGUAAUAUUAUAUUAAUUUUCUUUUUUUUAUCAACCACACAUCGUGAGGAAUUUACGCCAAAAUAAUACAUUGUUCUCAGCAAGAAAAAACUUAUCAAGUGAUCAAGUGUAAAAAAGCGAUUAUAUAUUUUCAUUCAAGCUUUCUUUUUUUUAAUCAGUUUUGUUUCGGCACACAAACGAAUAUUUGCGACAUCUGUGAUUUUCGUUCAAUUAUUGCAAAUAUUCCAUUUUUAAAAAUUUGUGCAGAAAUUGCAGAAAAUUCGAAACGAAAUUCACACGACUAAUAGAAAAUAAACUUCAUUUCGGUAACGUUCGUCGGAAAAGAAACGGUGCCGCAAUAUUACAAAACCCAUACAACAACGGGUUGACCGAUGUAAGAUUCUAUAAAGCUUUACAAAUAAAACAAUGCAGUUAGAAUAGCAGGAAAAUAAAACGGAUGACUUCAGUUCGGAAAGGCAAAUGCACAAGCAAAGCGGAAGAAAUAAGCAUGUGUUUCCCACUAUUCAUUGAACGUAUGCGCUUCGUUUCUAUUCUUUUAAUUUUCUAAAAGAAUAAUGCUAUAGAAUGGGCAAAAGCGGGGCAGCGCAACGAAAACCGACACCACAGCGUUCAUCAACAUCUUGCAGGCGCUUUAGUUUGCUGCCAGCAAAGAGAAAACAUCUUUCCUCCUUAUCAAACACGCACGGAAAUAGUGCGGAUGGUUAGUAAAGGGACAAUCGAGCUGUCUUCAUCGAAAUACAGAAGGAAAGAUAUGUUCGGCAGAAAUGAAACUGCGUGUGGGUGUCGGUUUUUCUUUGUUUUGCUGCUGGUAGGGUGUGUAAGAAAUUUAAGUACUGUAAAUAAUUUGUAGCUUUAACAAAUAAAUAAUUAGCUCUUGUAAGACCGUUGUACCGGUAGCCGGGAGUUGAUAAACACACACGUACACACUAGUAGGGACAAAGUGUCAUUCUUUGUUGAAUGCAGUACAUAAAGCAGCAGAAAACUACAACUAAUACACUCACCAGAACGAAAUAAAACAAAAGAAGAAGAAGAGAAAAACACAGAAGCAAUUCCAUGAGGGAAAGAGUGAAAAAAAAAACGGGAAGAAUGAUUAUAAAACAACAAAAGAAGCAAUGAAUGUGAACUGCUAAAAAAGAAUAUAAAAAAAAAACAUGAAAACAAAACAAACGAAAAAAAAACACAUAAAAACAAAACCAAAGGCUAUAUUGGAAAGCUAUAUAAAUUUAUCAACUGCACAUGCAAAAUCUGUUGUGUCCUCUUGAGCAGUUCCGUUUUCGUGAUGAUUCUAAUUACACGCGCUGCGUAAAGUUGUCUGGUAGUGGCUAUUUGGAGAAUUUUUCUUUAUCACCAAAUAUUUAGCAACUUUCAUCCCAUCCACAAGUGAUGACAUUUGUUUUUGCUUAUUUACAACAUGUUCUGAUGUCAAUUUUUGCUCUUCAUUCCAACCCGUUUUCCUAUGGCGUUCGUUAUCGUUUUUAAGUUUCGGUAUCCUUUCGCUCCUUUCCAGUAGUUUUUAGCAGUGCUUUAGUUCGUUGUUCGUGUCCUAUUAGCUUUUCUCACUCACUGUCCCCCCCGUUUUGGUUUUGAUAGUUACUGUGUCUGUGAUUGUGAUGUCGUGUUUCCCUUUUUCGGUUUUUAAGAGUUGUAUAAAAGUAAAAAAAAACAAAAGCUAGGUAGUAUUAGGAGAUUUUACGGAAUAUCGUGCGCUACUGGUAAUGAAAAAAAAAAAACAAAAUCUCGUUAUAGUAAAGUAAUAAAUAUGGUAGUAAAUUUAUGAAACCUAGUAUCGAA